CGUCGCUGGAUAGUGACGUCACAUCCGGGCGACGUGUCAGUUUGUUUACAGGGCUCCCUGCGCUAGCAGUGUCACAGACAUGGCUGUGGAUAUAACUUUGCUUUUCAAAGCCAGUGUCAAAACAGUCAAAACCAGAAACAAGGCGAUUGGAAUAGGAUUCGAUUCGACCAAAGAUGACAUUUUAAAGAGGAGCAGACCGAAGAAUGGCUUCUCUCCGAAGGCGAAAGAAGUGAUCACCAACAUCACUAAGCUGAAAGACUUUUUACUACAACACAGGAAGGAUUAUGUGAGUGCAGGAAGUCUCAUCUCAUCAGACGUCUCCCGUAUGACAGACAACGAACGGGAUCAGAUUGACCAGGAUGCCCAGAUCUUCAUGAGGACAUGUUCGGAGGCCAUCAAGCAGCUCCGCACCGAAGCUGAGAAGCAGGUGACAUCAGCCCAGACUAAAGAACACAGAGGUGCUGUUUUGGACCUCAUUGAAAUGUAUUUGAAAGGAGUAUGUAAGCUGUACUCGGAGCAGAGGGCCAUCCGAGUCAAGAGGAUGGUGGACAAGAAGAGACUGUCACGACUGGGAUCUGACCAGCACAGGCGUGUGGAGAAAGUAGUAGAUGAGGAGCCUGCGGAGGAACGGGCCGUCAAGGAGGAGAGCGCUGACAAGAGUUCUUCAGAGGUGCUGGAUCACAGCGUCAACCUGUGGGAAGAGGGCCGAGUAGAGGACGAGCUCUCUCCUGAGGAGAUCCAAAUGUUUGAACAGGAAAACCAGAGGCUUGUCAGUGAAAUGAACAACCUGGUGGACGAAGUGAGACAAAUUGAGGGGAAGGUGGUGGAAAUCUCAAGACUGCAGGAGAUCUUUUCGGAGAAAGUCCUCCAACAGGAGACGGAGAUAGACAACAUUCACCAGUUGGUCGUCGGUGCUACGGAGAACGUUAAAGAAGGCAAUGAGGAUAUACGGGAGGCGAUCAAAAACAACGCUGGCUUCCGUGUAUGGAUCCUCUUCUUCCUGGUCAUGUGCUCUUUCUCGCUGCUCUUCCUGGACUGGUAUGAUAGUUAACGGAGCCGCCGCCACCGACCAAUGCACGGCGAAGAUGGUGACACCUCAGGGCUGUUUUGACAUGUUGGACUACUAAGUCACCAGACUGUUAACAGAGAUUCGGCCAGAGUUAGUCAUCUGGUUAACAUCUGGCUAACAUUUGAAAACAAUGUCCACUUGGACUCUUGGAAGGAACGAUGGUCUUCCGUGGCUGUGCCAUCCCAACACUGGUAAGAUGUAGUCACGUCAAUGUCUGACUGAAGAGCAGAUGUACUUUCUGUCCCUCCUCCUCCUUUUUAACAACGGCAUGAAUGCACUUGAAAGCUUCCCCACACACCUUUGUGUAAUAAUAAUAAUAUGUCCAUAUAUCAAAGGUUGACAACACAAUGGAUGACUAUUAAAGUAGCUCAUUUCUCAUGGCUUUGGACUAUGAUUUGAUGACGCAUGAUAAGCUCAAAUCCAUGUCAGGCUUGUAGAUGAGAUGAAGAGCAGCAGGAAACCUUGUUGGUUUCUUUAUGUAUGAUUGGGAAUGCCUCACUAAAUCGUUGUGCAGAUUCGGCAGGGAUGUUGGUGGGAAACGUGGGCACUUUAUUUCAAUUCAACAUUUGAUGUAGCAAAUGCACUUCAAUGCUACUGAAUACAUUGUAUGAAAAUGAGGCAUUUGUGACCAUUUAACAGACAAGUACGAGGGGAGGGGCAUCAGGACAAGCAACUAUCACGUUUCUCAUGUGAAAUAAAGUCAAUAACAUCAAUGGCGGUGUUGCACAAUACGGCGUCGUUAAUAUCAAAGCAAAAACAUUCAGUACAGCAGCAUAAAAGUUAUGCCAAGAAACGUAGCCUUCAUCUGGCGGAGCCUGCAAAAGCACACCGUGUUCACCAAAAAUGGAGACUUUGUCUUUUAUCCUACAUUUGAUACAUCAGAAGAAAAUAUGACAGCAAUAUAGUUUGCACAAAGCAGUUUGGGUGAAAACGGCACAAGCGAAAAUUGUUAGAAAAUCCAUUUUGCUGCUGGUGCAGCCAGUCAAGCUGUGUCCAUUCUCACGACAAUUUAGUAGGCGUUCAUCCUGCGAUGCAGCGGCCAUUUUGGGUGUCUUUUAUUCCUACAUUCUUUGAAAAGAUGGCUACUCUUUGUACAACUGCCUACUAAAUUCCCACGAGUAGGUUUCACACCUCAGUGGCGGUUAUGACGACUACAGUAAUUAACUCAUUUGAGUGUAUCAACUCCAAGCAAAGUGCUCUUUUAUUGUUGCGUGCAUGUUCAUCUAAAGACAAUAUCGUUUCACUAAGGUGACUUCUACUGUGUUUCUGUACAACGUGAACAUCAAGACUGCGUGUGUGUGCGUGUGUGGCGUAUUGUCCACGUACAUGCCACUCAGCCGUGUAUCAAUAAAUAACAACAUAUGCUAUUCAAACAAACCCGGCCUCAGUCUGCUGAUCCAAUUCCCACACGCCACCGUGGACGGAUGUCAGCCGACUGUGAAGGCAUCUCACUGCGCCUCGGCAAGGCCAGCUCUGAAAGCCACGGGUUUGCUUGAAUGGCACAGCCAUAUUAUUUCUUCUUCCUCAGCAGGUGAGGCCACGCCCCUCUCCCCACCCCCUCCAGGCAAGCCAGGUUAAGCCAGCUUCUGGGCCGUCUCGGUCUCCUGCUGGGUGACCUUCUCCUCAGACAUGAUGGUCAUCCAUGGCGAUACGGAGCGAGUGAUGGUCUGCUUGGCGAUGUUGUAGUGGUUUAUGAGGGCGAAGAGGCGCCCGCGGCCUGCAGGGACCUGAUGGGGGAAGUUGGCGUACAUCCCGGCCGGCAUGCAGCGACCUUGCUGCUCCACAGACAGAAGCUCAUCAAACAAAUUGAAAUAUGACAACACAACACACGCUUUUUAACACAAACCUACAUGGCCCUGCGUGGAAGCCCCAGUUCCCCUAAAGCGAAAAACUGCUUGGGCCACCCUUAGCAGCAACAACUGCAAUCAAGCUUUUGCCAUGACGUGCAAUCAAUCUCCUGCAGCGGUCCUGGCCCGCUCGUCUUAACCGAAUGGUUGCCAUUCGUCACAUGGAGGCUUUUCCACCUUAAAGCCUUCUGAAGGUCACAGCAUCUCAAUGGGAUUCAGGUCAGGACUAGGACUAGGCCACUCCAGGCUUCAUUUGGUUUUUCUUCAGCCAUUCAGACGUGGACUGGCUGCUGUGUUUUGGAUCAUGGUCCUGCUGAAGAACCCAAGGUGCUUUCAGCUUGAGGUCAGAAGCAGAUGGACGGACAUUCUCCUUCAGGAUUAAUGAUUGGACUUACCACAGCAGGUCUUGUAGACAAUCACUUUUUCACGCAGGGCCAUGUACGUUUUUUUCUCUCUUAAUAAAAUGUUUGGUUUAAAACCUG